UUUACGUUGGGCUGAUUGUUUGUAAACAAGUGCGCAGGUGUUUUUACAUGUGUUCAGUGUUGGAAAUCUGUUUUAGUUGGAUUUUAAUUUACUAAAGCUAUGGGCGUCUGUACAUCUUGUUGUGGAGAUUCAGAACCACGUUAUACAACACCGAGUAAAGAUGAAAGACGACAGAAAAUGAUUGAAGCUGCUGAAAGGCGUCUUCAAGAACAAGAAAGAAGAGGCCUGAAGGAAGAUGGAGUAAGACGUUUAGAACAAAGUAAAGAAAGAGCAAAAAAGAUUGAUGAAGCAUUAGAAAAAUCAAAUUCAGAUGGACCUUUAAGGUGGCAAGUCUCCUAAGAAGCUGAAAUUACCAGAAUUUUUAUUGUAUCUGUUGUAAAGUUAUGUUCAGAAAUAUUGUUAACAUUGUUUACAAUUUUUUUUAUUGUCUAUAAUUCCAGUAUUACAGACAUUAAUAGUCAUCUGUAAAAUUUUGAUUUCUAGAAGAUAUAUUUUUGCAUAUUAAAAUUUUUUCUUUAA